UGAUUUGGGACACAGCCAUGAUUCCCGGUUACAAGAUGGCGGUCGUGGUGUUCGCGUAAUAAUAGCGAGAAACGCACUCGGCUAGCUUUUGUGUUAAAAAACUAAGUUUGGAUAACGUUUAGCACUCCGUUGUGUUUGUAACGCGUGUACGUGUGUGAGCAGUGUCGGUCGUUCCCCUGUAAGGCAUUAGAGCUGUUCUCCAGUCCCAGGAACAUGUCGUUAUUAAGUCGUGUGAAGUGUGAAAGUAGGGGUUGAGGAAGAAGGCAGGGUAUUUUCGGGGAGGUUUCUGGUUAAAACAUUCGGAUUGAAGUAUGUCGGAUACGAGGCGGCGUGUCAAAGUGUACACGCUGAACGAGGAGCGGCAAUGGGACGACCAGGGCACUGGGCACGUCUCAUCCGCGUUUGUGGACCGCUUAAACGGGAUCGCGCUGCUCGUGCGGGCCGAGGCGGACGGAUCGCUCUUACUGGAGUCCAAGAUCAACCCCAACACGGCGUAUCAGAAACAGCAAGACACGCUUAUCGUUUGGUCCGAGGCGGAAAACUACGACCUGGCGCUUAGUUUCCAGGAGAAAGCAGGCUGUGAUGAAAUCUGGGAGAAAAUUUGUCAGGUUCAGGGCAAAGAUCCGUCGGUGGAGAUCACCCAGGACCCCAUCGACGAGUCUGAGGAGGAGCGCUUCGAGGAGAUCCCCGAGACGAGCCACAUGGUGGAGCUCCCCGCCUGCGAGCUGGCGCACCUGGAGGAGAUCGCUGACCUGGUGAACUCGGUCCUGUCGUCGCCGAUCCGCAGGGAAAAGCUGGCGCUGGCGCUAGUGAGCGACAGCUACAUGCAGAGGCUGCUACAGCUCUUCAGGACGUGCGAGGAGCUGGGCGAGCGUGAAGGCCUGCGGCAACUCUACGAGAUCGUUCGCGGGGCACUGUUCCUGAACAAAGCAGCGCUCUUUGAGGUCAUGUUCUCGGAUGAGUGCAUCAUGGACGUGGUGGGCUGUCUGGAGUACGACCCGUCGCUCGUCCAGCCCAGGAGGCACCGCGACUUCCUCACCAAUACCGCCCGCUUCAAGGAGGUCAUCCCCAUCACGGACUCGGAGCUCAGGCAGAAGAUCCACCAGACCUACCGCGUGCAGUACAUCCAGGACAUCAUCCUGCCCACGCCCUCUGUCUUCGAAGAGAACUUUCUCUCCACACUCACGUCUUUCAUCUUCUUCAACAAGGUGGAGAUCGUCAGCAUGCUGCAGGAGGACGAGAAAUUCCUGACUGAAGUGUUCGCUCAGCUCACAGACGAAGCUACAGACGACGGGAAAAGGAGAGAGCUGGUCAACUUCUUCAAAGAGUUCUGCGCUUUUUCGCAAACGCUCCAGCCGCAAAACAGAGAUGCGUUCUUCAAGACGUUGGCCAAUCUGGGGAUUUUACCCGCGCUGGAGAUCAUCAUGGGGAUGGACGACCUGCAGGUGAGAGCCGCGGCCACGGAUAUCUUCUCCUACCUGGUGGAGUUCAGUCCAUCCAUGGUGCGAGAGUUUGUGAUGCAGGAGCCGCAGCAGGCCGAAGAUGACGAUGUUCUGCUGAUCAACCUGGUGAUAAAGCAGAUGAUCUGUGACUCAGAUCCCGAGCUGGGCGGAGCCGUGCAGCUCAUGGGGCUUCUCCGUACCCUCAUUGACCCUGAGAACAUGCUGGCUCCCACCAACAAAACAGAGAAGACGGAGUUCCUCAGCUUUUUCUACAAGUACUGUAUGCACGUCCUCACCGCGCCGCUGCUGGCCAACACGGCAGAUGAGAGAAAAGAUUUACCAGAAGGAUCUACGAAAGUCAAGCCAGUCUGUCCAGACAACUUCCAGACGGCUCAGCUUCUCGCACUGAUCCUGGAGCUGCUAACGUUCUGCGUCGAACACCACACCUACCACAUAAAGAACUACAUCAUGAAUAAGGACCUGCUGCGCAGAGUGCUGAUGCUCAUGAACUCCAAACACACCUUCCUCGCCCUCUGUGCCUUGCGGUUCAUGAGGAGGAUAAUAGGACUGAAGGACGAGUAUUAUAACCGCUACAUCAUCAAAGGGAACCUGUUCGAGCCCGUCAUUAACGCUCUGCUGGAUAACGGGACGAGAUAUAAUCUCCUCAACUCCGCCAUCAUCGAGCUCUUCGAGUUUAUCAAAGUGGAGGACAUAAAAUCACUCAUCGCUCACAUCGUGGACAAUUUCUACAAAGCACUUGAGUCCAUCGAGUACGUGCAGACGUUUAAAGGCCUAAAGGGUCGCUACGAGCAGGAAAAGAACAGACAGAGCCGAGGGCUCAGCAGGUAUCGCCGUGAAGCACGGUCCGUCGAGGACGACGAGGAGAUCUGGUUCAACGAAGAAGACGACGAAGAUGAGGCGGACUCCGGGGUCGAGAAGAGAGUCGAGGAGGACUUUCCGGAAAGCUACGGAAAGUUCAUGGGGGCCAAAAAAGUUAAAGAAAGCGAGGACAAGGAGAACCUCCCGAAGCGGACGCAGACCGGCAGCUUCAAAUUUACCUUCUCGCAUUCUGCAGCGGCCGGCAACGGGAACAAUGACAAACCGGCGCCGUCAGCGUCCCCCGCCAGUCCGAACGGCUCCUCGGCAAAAGGAGCGACGGUGGCCUCGACGCCGGUGGUAAAGGCGGGACUGGUCGGUCUCGUGGAUUACCCCGACGAUGAAGACGAGGAAGAAGAUGACGAGGAGGACGACCUGGCUCCGCGGAAACGUCCGCGUCUGGGCUCGUAAAAACACACCAGCGAUCCCACGGUGCCGAAGAGUCCUGGAUUUAGUGGGGGUGGGGGGCAGCCUAGAGGAUUAGGACACGACCUGAACUCUCCUGCUUUCACAGCACAACCAUCAAGACACGAGCACCAGAGCAGCCGAGCCGUGACACGAGCGAGCCACUCGCGUCGUCCCUCUCCUGUCCUCUCUUUCUCUCUCUCUCUCUCUCUCUCUCUCUCUCUCUCUCUCUCUCUCUCUCUCUCUCUUCCCCUUCCCUCACGAAGUGAACAAGCCGAGCCGUACGAGCAGGAACGUCAUCACGAAGCUGGAGCUUUUAUUUCACCAGAGAGAGACGUUCAGCCUAGCAGGACUAGCUAAUUAAUAGACAUAGAAGACUGAUGGGUUGAGCCUGUAUCGAGGGAGCAAGAUUUAAAUCAGUGUCAGGAGAGUAAGGGAAGACCAAAUAAAAAAAUAAAAAAAGAGAGACUAAUACGCUCUGAGAAGCAGGACUCGGACGUUGUGUGUGUGCGUGCGUGUGUGUGUGUGUCCUUGACUUGAAACUAGAACCUCACGUUUAUUUCAUGAAUUUAUCACCAGUAGUUGUACAGCAGUACUAUUUCCUUCUCCUUUUUAAUUGUUUAAUUCUUCAAUUGUGUUUUUUUUCUUUUUUUUUAUAUAAAAGAAUCUAAAUGCCAGUGUAUAUUGUUCUCCCCCUCUUUUGGCACGCAUUAACGCGGGGCGAUCGUUUACCCUUUUAUAAUGAAAUUUGUUUUAUUUCUUUGGAGAAAACUUCAGUUGAAGUUGUGAUGCUGAUUUUAAAAAAACGUAUAUUAAACGUGUAUUAAAUUGCAGUAGAGUCAUUUUGCAGACGAUGGGAACAUCUCUCUCUGUCUCGAGCAAGACAUCUUUCUCCGAGGGUUUAUGAUCAGAUGCAGUAUAACACCAGCACACAGUGUUUUCUUUUCUUUUAAUUUCGUUUUUCUAUUCUUUUCUCCAAACAAAAAAAUCAAGGCAGCUCCUGUCACUCCUUCAAGUUUUAUAGUUUACAAGCACACGGGAAUCUACAGAUGUUUCACCAGCUGGAAAGGUCAUCCGAGGUCAACCAGGAACCCCCUCCCACCCUCCGGCGUCAUCUAACACGACCGACAUGCACUCUAGAUUAAGGAGAAAAGGCUUCGGUUUGCUUUCUUUUCUUCGUGAAUUUUCUUUUGUUUUAUGUGAUUAUGAUUUUUUUUUUUUUGAUUAAAAUUGGCCUUUAAAGCAA